UGUAAUAUUACGAUGUCAAUUCAGCGCUUGCAUAGUGUGACUUUUAAUUCAAUAUUUUUUAAUUUAAAUAAUUAAUAAUAUUCGAAUUAAUAUUAAUAAUAUUUUUUUGAAACAUUAAUACGUAAAAUAAAAAAGAGACAUUUUCAUAGUUGUCAUCACACAGUGUCAGAGUUAAAAGCGCGCCAGAUUAUAUACUUUUAAUAGUGUGUUUAAGGAAAAAUAACAAAAAUGGGUCGUACUGUAAUAUCUGAAGUAUCUCUUCGUUCUCGUUUAACAUCCUUUGGUACGUCAGGAUACGAAGUGGGAUUAAUUUUAGGACAGAGUUUGGAAAAAGAAGAUUAUUUCAUACAUUUAGCAAGGACACCACCACCCCGUACUAAAAAUGUUGUUGAAGAAUCUUUGAUAGGUUCUUCAGAUGGUAUCGAUGAAAGUGAUUCCAAAAAUGAUUUUGAAUCUAUUCAAGAUAUACAGGAAUAUUGGUUAGCAGAUCAUGCCACUGAUGUUACAAGAAUGUUGCCUGGAGGAAUGCGUAUACUUGGUAUAUUCGUGGCUGGUCCUGAAGAUAUUUUAGAUGAUUCUAAUAAUAUAGAAAAGUUAACGGUAUCUAUUGUUAUUAUUCUCACCAAUUUUUUAAACAACCAAUAUCUUUAUGGAACUAAUCGAUAUUAUUAUAUAUUAACUUACAACAGUAAAACGCAAAGAUAUGUCUGUAAAAUGAUUGAUGACUUUAGAGUAGAAUGUACAUUAAAACCAGUUGACAUCAAAUUUCGUAGUAAGAGGAUUCCUUGGAUCGAAUUAGAAACUACAAUUAAUUUAGAUAGAAUGUUUUGUAUACCAGCAAGUAAAGAACCUAAAUCACUUAAACAACAAUUGCAGGAAAUAUUAGAAGACGUUUCCAAAAUGAUAGAUUCUGCAUUAAUUACGAUAGAAGGCAAAAUCAGAUCAUCGGAGGAUUUGAUUGAGAUAAUAAUUGCAAAUGAAAAUGAUAAAAAUCAACUGCAAGUUGAUUUGUACAUUCCUUGUGAAAAAUCAACAUCUAUGGAAACAAAAAUAAAACCUUGCAGCGAAUCAUUAUGGUUGAUAGGUCAAUUGGUUAGUAAAACAAUCGUAACUGAAAAAACGAGUAUAGAAGAAGCUACUAGAGCAAUAAAAGAAGAUAUAAUAAGAUCAUUGGCAAGUAGAUUAGAAAUGCACGUUGACAGUUUGAUAGAAGAGGAAAAUGAUUCUCCUGAAGAAAAUAUUACAUUACAUGAACCACCAAGAAGAAUAUUAAUACAUUUACAUAAAAGUAGGGUAACAUUAUCGAGUUAUUUAUUUCCUGGUGAAGAACCACAAGAGGCAUUGGUGUCUUUGCAAGAAUUGUUAGACGUAGACGUCGAGGAUUUGGACAUUCAAAAAGAAAUAGAAUGUCAUGCAGAAUCCAUAGAUACUUGUCAGUGUGGUCCUUCCAUUAUACCAGAAAAUAUCAAAAAAGUUGAGAAUUAUCUAAGCAAUCUACGCAUUAUUGGUUUAGGUGUUGCUAUUCUUAUAGGUGUCAUUGCAAUGGUUUUCCAUAAUUUAUAUUAACUAUACAAAAAGUAAGCGACUAUUUUUAUAUAUAUAUACUAAUGUGAUAAUU